GGAGCGGUCGUGGCCAUUUCUUUUAACUGUGUCAUCGCGUUGCUCAUCCUCAUCCUCUUCCUUAUCCUCUGCAAGGCCUGCAGGACCCCUUCGUGCCCCAAGAAGAGCCCCGUUUCUGAUGCUGAUGAGGCAAGGAACGAAGAGAAGUACCUGCUGCAGCCCUGA